CUAGGUUUGAACAAGUUUGUGUGACAGGUUGCCAACUUUGUUCCACAUAAUUAACAGAUUUUCACGAAAAAAACUUUUUACGAAUAGCAGGUGUUGGAAGCUACAGCAAAAUUUCAUUAAGGCAGGUGUAGCACCCAAUGUAUAGACAGCACAGUGUGGUGUCCUGCAAAAGAGAAGACAGAAGAACAAUACAAAAAUUAAGAAGUCAUCCAGCCUGGAUGAGUUACCAGCCUCUAUUCUGAAGAUGGGCAGUAGUCAGCAGUACUCACUCAGAUGGAAUAAUUACCCAACCCAUGUAACAGGAGGUUUUAGUACAUUGAGGAAUGAUGAAGAGUUAGUGGACGUGACACUGAGCUGUGAAGGAAAGCGCAUUCGGGCUCACAAAAUGCUUCUUUCAGUGUGCAGUACUUACUUCAGAGAGCUUUUCAAAGAAAAUCCUUGCCAGCAUCCAGUAAUAAUUUUCCGUAAUGUCAAGUUUGAAGACCUGGUGGCUCUGUUAGACUUCAUAUAUCUUGGUGAGGUGAAUGUGAUGCAGGAACAGCUCACAUCCUUCCUCACAACAGCAGAACUGUUGGCAGUGCAAGGUCUGUCAGAUGAUACAGUUAAAGACAAAUCAGCAGCCAUGGCUGAUAGUCUCCCGCUAGAGAGAGAGCAAAUAGAUCUCACUGACUCUCCACCACCAGUGCACAAAACUGUUGCUCUGAAGAACAGUGGAUGUUCCGGGUUAUCACACAACAGGAGAGAAAUAUCUUCUCCUCGGCAACAUUCUCCAAUACCAGGUUACUGUGCAACCACAUCUGUCACAGAGUGCCACCAGGAGGCUUUGCCAAACAAGCGACGUCGGCGGUCGUCUCCUCCAAAACUGGCUGCCAUUUUUGGACUGAGUGGGAAGAGUGAUGAGAACAGACGAGAAUGCCCUAUAGUACCUACAGUCGCCAGAAUAUCAGCUAAGGCACCAGCACGAGAACCUGUGGUAACCGCACCCAGCAUACCAGAACCUCAUGUCAAAAUGGAGGAUCCAGACUAUAUAGAUGAUUCUCGAACUUCUGCCAACCGGGGCCAGUUAUCAGGUGGGGCAGUUCUGGAAAGUGAUACGUGUUCAAACUUGGAACAGUUUGUAGUUGCUAAAACUGAAGGAGAUUCAUCACUUGCUGUGAAUGUGGACCCUCCCGAUGCUCUAGAUGUGUAUGGCAGUAGCUCACAGGAUGUGGACGCCACAUCAGACAGCUUACCUACAGGAGAACUUCCUCAUAUUCUUGUGAAAGCUGGUCCAUCUGAGGAGAAACAAAAUGAAGAUAUGCGACGGCGCCAGACCUUGUGGACAGGAUCCCUCUGGCAGAGCCUUGGAUGUGGGUCAGAGCAGUCUGUGGUGCAUCACUUGACAAGGUCUUCUAUUCAUGGUAAAAUCUGCCUCCAGUGUAAAGUGAAGCAGCGAACAACAGCAAGGGGAUCAUUCAAACAGACUCGCUUCUUGUGUGCCGAGUGCAAUGUGCGAUUGUGUAGAGAACCAUGUUUUGAUGAGUAUCACAUAGAGGCGGGCAUACCCACAGCUCCGUAUUCCAGAAAUUACAGCUAAUGAGAUGAGCAGGCAUGUAGCAAUGUCUGAAGAUUUAACCAAGAAGUCUUUCCAGCAUUUGGCACUAAAGUACUUAUGAGAUUCCUGUUACCUUACUAUUUUCAGUCCAGCGAAACGGAAAAGAUGGUCAUGUUUGACUACACUAGUAAAAUUUAUGUUUUAUUUUAACAGUCUAUGACUGGAAUUGUUACAGGAGAUGACUUUUGUAUGCUUGUGGUUGUACAUAAUGUGAUUGAAAAAUUAUAGUAUUUCUUAAUUCUA